AGAGCGCGUCGGACUGUAUGCUGUUGCCAUGGCAACUGUAUACGGUGGUUCUGCUAGUUUUUCUACCGGGAAUGGAAAGUUGCGGCAGGGAGUUAAAAAGUCGUGUUACGUUGUGAAUGAGUGAAAUAGCAACUGUUUUAACUUGAAGCAAAAAAAAAAAAAAAUAAUAAAAUAAAAAAAAAAAACAGCACCGAAUUUGAGUUAUCGGAGACACUGCAGGCACAUCCUAAAUAUAUCGUUAAAUGAACUUUGACAGUUGUAACUGUAAACAGCAAGAAUGUAUGACAGAGCAGCAAGAAUGCUUUCUGUUACUUUGGGAAGCACACAAGCCAACGUUGGUCCGGGAUCUUACGAUUUCAUCUCAGAGGGGGCACUACGACAGAAUGUGAAAGACCCAGCUAAAUUUGAUUCCUAUGCACCUUUCCUCUCCCUAAAAGACCGUACCUCUUUGUUUGAUGUUGGCAAUGAUAUAAAGGUUGUUCCUGGACCAGGAUACUAUAACACCAGCUCAGCAAAGGAGCGUGUUCGAGGUGGCACAAGUCUGAAGAACAGAGUGAAGCGCUUUGAGGAAACCAAGUCUGAUGUACCAGGUCCUGGUUCUUAUGAUAUGCCAUUAACAGCCUGGGAAACAAAGAACAGGACUGAUCUAGAAGUCAUGUUAUAUCCCAGGAAAAAGGUGAUACCAAGCUGGGUGAGAUACCUGCAGAAGCUAAAUGCACCUUCUAUUCCUAGUCCAGGCCAAGCUUGGGGCUACGAGGAAGCAGAAGACGGAAAGCUGAAAAAGCAGUUUGCACCACCAACAGAUGCUAGCCUUGGACCUGCUUACUACAAUUGCCAAAAUCUUGAUACAUAUGUUACUGUGAAGUAUAAGGGAGUUCACUUUGCAAACAGGACAGGAAAGCGCAUUGACUUUAAAAGUUCAGAAGGACCAGGACCUGGGGCAUACGAUUUACUUCAGGAAAAUGCACUGCAUUAUGAGAAUGUCAACAUCAAGAGUGAGGACAAGAAGAAAUAUGAGCCCUUCAUUCCACGUUAUUAUGAAGUAAUAGGAUUGCAAGAAGAAAAGAAGGGUGUUCCUGGACCAGGGCAGUAUGAAAUUAAAGGGCAAUUUGAGAAGAGCAACUCGGCUAAAGAGAAAUUAGUCAUGCAUCACCCUCCAUUUCUUUCACAAACUGAAAGAUUUGCACCUGUAAAAGCAAUCACUCCUGCUCCUGGCUCAUAUAAUGAUCCACGGACAGCCCUACAGAGUUUGCGGAAAACAUCUGGGCUGAAAAAGACCCCUUUUGGCCAGUCUUCUGUUCGAUUCAGUGCAGACUCCAGGCUUCAAAGAACACCAGGUCCAGGAGCUUACAACAUCUUCAACUAUGGUAUUGCUCAAGAAAGCUGGAAGAAAGCUUACCUGGAAAGCACCAGAAAAGGGGCCUUUGGCUCAGGAGCUCAGCGUCUACAGUCCUUUAGUAAGCAGCAAACUGAAGGAAAUCCUGGACCAGCUGAUUACCAGGUGCAGUUGACAAAUGAAGAAAGAUACAAACAACAACAAAGUUCAAUUUUCAAGUCUGCAACAGACCGUCUGAAUACUCCAGUUGUUGCAAAGGAUGCACCUCCACCAGGUUUAUAUGAUGUUCAGAAGUCCUUUGAGAAAUUACAGGGCAAAAGCCAAUAUGUGCCACCACGCUCUGAAACUGCAGCAAGAAAACAUGGCUCAUUCCUUAGUACAGCACCCAGGGAUCCUGUUUUUAUUAAGACUGACAGAGAUGCACCAGGACCUGGCCAGUAUGACCCUGUAAUAAGCUUGCCUCAGAAAAUGUCCAUAUUAUUGUCAAGAGAGGAACGAUUCAAGGAACCAAAAGAAAUCACCCCAGGACCUGCAGCAUAUGAGGUAAAAGAGAAAAGAAGCAAUGUAAUAAUAUACAACAGCUCUGUGAAAGACGAUGAACAGGCUUUAGUGAGUGUUAUUGGAAAUAUCCUAAUCAACUUCAUAGCUCAGCUCUGCUUUUUCCUGUGA